GACGCCGUCUACAAGUCGUUGUAUAUUGGGUUGGUACGAACCACCUAGUCAUUGUUGGUGGCGUUCGCUAUAUGCAAGAUUGAUUCCAGAUGUGACUGCCAGAAAAGGAGUCUCUGCAUCUUCUUUCUCUCCGCAGCUCUUGCAUUCUACAGUGUCACAAGCACGGCGGCUACCAGCAUGAACGGCAUGACAGCUGCAUGAGACACAAUCCCAACAUCCUACAAGUGAACGGCCUGACUACAUAUCCUCCAUUGUGAAGGCUAUUCCGCAGAUGACUGCUUGGACAUACAAUGCCAGAUUUCUAAGAGGAGGAGCACCAUCACAUACUCGGUCCAUUUCAGUCGGGCCGCCUCUCAACUCUGCGCCGCGCGAUCGAGUCCUCAAAGCGAAAUCGACGUCGAACCUCCACACGAUGACGACUGUUGAUUCACUGCCGCCGGGCCCUUCCAAUGAUGCUUCGGGUGACGCCUCCUUUCAAACAAUUGCAGAUCCUCGUAAUACGAGCACACCCGACCUCUCGAGGUCCAACUCCGAAUCAUCGAGACAUCCGGACCUGAGCAGUGAGGUUGCCGCUCUGAGUGACAAACUGAUCAAUGCGAUAAACCAUUCAACGACAGUCGACGAUACCCUCGCACAGACCAGACAGCAACUAGAAGCAUCAAGGGCGAGGAUUGCCAAGCUAGAAGCGGAGGCCAGAGCAUAUGAAGAGAGGAUUGCACGAGGCGAAUUGGUUGCAAAGGACAAUGUCGAUCGACAGAACAAUAAGAUCUCUGCCGAGUUGGCGGAGGAGCGGAAACAGAAAGCAAUAGUCCAGCAAGAAAAGCGCGGGAUUGAGUCAGAACUGGAAAAUCUCACCGCAUCACUUUUCGAAGAAGCAAAUAAAAUGGUAGCGUCUGCGAACAGGGAUCGGGACGAUGUCGAAAAGAAGAACCAGCAGCUUCGAGACCAGAUCAAGGACGGGGAAGCGCUGAUAGCUUCUCAAACGGAACAGUUGACGGAACUGAAAACGCUUAUGCAGCAGAUAGGCCCGACUUCAGACUACCGCAAAGAUCUCGACUCGCCUCGAAUAUCAAUGGCACCUUCAAGUCCUGGCCUGCCCAGGGAAGACAACCUGACUCGACUUAUGGAGGCUAUGAACCUUUCACCAAACAGUCCUGACAAUGGCGAAAUCACACCUAGCCCUUCGACGACAUUCACUCAUCUGGUCAAGCCGCUGUGCCGUACUGACAUUCCUGCAUACGAAGAUUUCAAACAUCUGAUCCAAACUGCACAUUUCCGAUCACAUAACCCCUCUCAUGCUCCGUCCCGAGCAGGAUCCGGUUCUUACGGAGGCCUGAAUGUCAUGGGACUGGGCUCGCUCAGCAACAAUUCGACGCCUAAUCUUUCGCAAACUGCCCAGCCUGCCACAUCCAAGCUUGCAAACUCGCCGCAAAUACCAGGAUCCUUCAGUCCCAAUCCAGACACGAGAGGUCCAUUACUUCUUAAGGACACACGGUUUUACAAACGUAUAUUGGUGGAGGAUAUUGAACCUACCCUGCGUUUGGACCUGUCUCCUACAUUAUCUUGGCUGAAUCGGCGAAGCAUUCUCUCAGCCCUAGGAGAAUCAACGCUGAUCGUCGAACCUAUCCCCGAAGCUUCUGUCAAGCUAUACGGGAAAUAUACUCCUUGUGCCCUUUGUGGUGAGAGCAGAAGAGAGGACGAGAAUCCAAGAACGCACGCAAUGCGAGUACGAGAAGGUGAAGGUGCCACAAAAUGGUCAAUAUGCAUGUUGUGUCUAGAGAAGGUGCGAGGCGUAGGUGAUCUGAUAGCAUACAUACGCAUGGUGCGCGAGGGAGUCGUGAAGGUUGGAGACAAGAAAGACGAGGAGGAUGCAUGGGAAGAGCUGGUCAGGUUAAGAGAACGAUUAUUCUGGGCCAGAAUGGCCGGUGGUGUUGUCCCUGCAUUCCUACCAACGCCGAAGCACACCCCUGUUGAGGACAAGAAAAUGGAGCCUGCGGUGGGACGGAAAUCUGGAGACUCCGAGGACGACGAUUUCCAUGAAGCCAGAGCCAGCACACCUUCAGAGCAUCCGACUUCAGCUGAUACCGGCGAUGCACAGCUCCCAACUCCUAAAGAAGAAGACACGAGUGCAGGAAUGCCCUCCGAAAUCGUUGAAUCUCAUCCAUUUCCGGAGGACACGGACGGUGGCCUCACAACAUUCGACAAUAUCAGGGCAAUGAGAACGAACAGCAGUCAGCAGAGAUCGUCAACACCUCCGGCCACACCAUCACCUGCUCGGGGGCACAUUCAACGAGCGUCUUCUGGAGGUGGCGGGAUGUCAUUUCCCAGGAUCAAUAUACCACGACUCCCACCAGGGUUCUGGGAGAGUCAAGUCAACACAUUGCGUUGAUAAGAGUGAGAAAUGACAAGGAUCUAAUACACAGACGAGAAGUGAUCCAGUCAAUUGUACUAUAUAUACCUCGUUGGGACGAAGACAGUCCGGACGCUCAUCGGUCGAAAUACCGGAGCUUUCCUCCUGCUUAAGCGUUAUCUUUUGGCAUUGGCAGAGCGAUAGACAAGCGACGCGAUGAAGAGCAUGGAAUACGGAAAUCUUGUAUAUUAGCCAUUAUCUAUUCAGAAGUGAGAAAAGAGGUGGCAGUUGUCCUUGGG